UAUUUUGCAACUAAACUAUCCAAUUUUACAAAUUAAGUUUCCAAUUUUACUGCAUGCUUCUUCUAGCUGUACUGACAAAUUUGCCUAUAUAUAGUUUUAAAUUUAGUUUCAUACGGAAAUGUUCAUGCAAUUAGUUCCGUUUGCUAACUGUGAAAGUAAUUAAAACUUUUUAAAACCUGCAGGGCGCAAUUUUUAAUUGUUCCAGAAAUAUCUUUAAUACUUGGAAACCGCAUAAAAAAUAUUGGAUUAUUUAACUUUCAUUCUCUCUAUAUAUGCGAAUAUAUAACGUCGGAGCCCAUAUAUUACGGAGAAAGCAAGCAAUGAUUUGCCAUUGUUGUCAUGAAAACAAGUUAUCUGAAGAGUUUCCACACGAACAUCUCACAGAUGAGUGUACUGAACAUCCAUUGCUGCAUUGUCUUAGGUGUGCAAUAGCGUCUGUGCGAGUUCACCAAAAGUGUUCCCAAUGUGAAACUGGAGUAGCAGAAGACAACACACAAUACCAACAAUAUCUGGAGUCUUUGGAGUUUCUUUUCCCCGCAAUCGAUGCAGUUAACUGUAACGAAGCAAUUAUUCAAUCGUCUGACGAGGGGUCGAAAUCCCACAUAUAUAUAACCACUCUUUCUGGAAAGUAUACAACUAUUGACUAUAACCCGAACCAAACCAUUAUCGAUCUGAAAAAAAAUGUUGAAAAAGACUUAAAAACUCCGCAUAAAAAGCAAUGCUUGUUGUAUAACGACAUAGAGUUAGAGACUACAAGGCAGAAUGAUGAUCUUAAAUUAAAGGACUACAAUAUCCCGCCAAACAGCACGAUAUAUCUGCUGGUGUUAUUAUAUGAGAUACCAGAAGAUUACGAUAAUGUCAUUUUUGAUCUUUUCUGGGGAUAUCCCCAAAGCGGAAGAGAUUAUUUAGAUGCCUCAGUACUACUUUUCCAAGGUAUAGAAGUCGUUCAAGUGGUUGACUUUCGCAAAAAAGAAGGUAUAUGCUCGGCAGUUACCCAUUCUGGCGAUGUCAUGGAUGAUGAAAAGAGAUUGGGCCAUCACACCAUUGAGGUGUCAAUUAAAUCGAUACCUGACCAUAUUAACCGACUGGUGUUUACUUUGAGUGCUUGGAAUUCCAAGAAUAUAUCACAAUUUCCGAAUCCAAGCUUAAAAUUUUACGAUGCAAGGCGUCCAGACAAGCAACUGUGUGAUGAUAGGAUGGACCAGGCUGCCGAUUCACGUGCCAUUAUCAUGUGUUGUUUGACCAACCGAAACGGCAAAUGGCGUGUAGUCAGUUUGAAACAUCCAUCGCGUGGGAAUGCUAGGUUUUAUGAACCUUUGAAAAACACGAUCGUGAACCUUAUUAGUCUCGAAAAAGGUCUAAAGUUUUAGUUGCUUGCUAUGAAACUACUUUUUGGUCAAUAUAGCCUCAUUAGUCGUUGUAUUUUAUACAUUUUCGAGCACAUUUGGAAAGGGAGAUUGGGUAAUGAGCCGUGCACUAAAAUGGCACUAACUCCGAAUAUAUUUUCCAAAGAUAUUUCUAAUUAGGUCAUUCUAGGCUGGGUGAUUGUUUUAGAAAUUCUAAGAAUUUAUAUAUUUUCGAACAUUCACGUCAUUCAGAGAACAUUUUAUUCCAGCUGCAGCCUAUAAAACAGCAUAACGACCCUUGCAAAACAUCCAGGUGAUAUCGCGGUCAAAGGAAAUCCAUUCUGCAGUAUUUAAUCGAUCAUAUCUUUUUGUUAUUCUUUAUGAAACUAGUCGAAAUUUUGUGAUUAUGUUUAGUUAUAAGAACUAUAGCUCUAGCGUAAAUUUGAAACUGCAACACUACUCUACACUUUUUGUCGAGGCUAUUUUUGCCGAACGUAGCUAUCAGUUGGUACUUAGCAGAGCUACCUGGUAGUUAAUGACAUCUCUAAAGACUAUAUAUACUGAUGUUUACUAUAUAAGAAUAAAGUGCACACUAAAUAGGGUGUGUAAAAAAAGAAGACCAUUAGAAAUUAAUCCUUUGUUAACAUUUUAAUGCCUGGGGCAGGUUGUAUCAAGCCCGUUUAGCUUAAACGGUGGAUAAGUCAAAAUUAAAUAACACUCUUACAACUAUUUUGAAUGAGUCAACUUGAAUAUUAUGCACUGAAUAUGUAGUUGAUACAACCGGCCCCUGGUCAAUUUGUUAAGGUGCGCAAACAGGUGCGCAAACAUGCAAACAUGCACAAUCUAAUCAAAUCUCAUUUUUGAUAUAAUUUCAUUUCGAACAUUUCAACAAAUGAAUUUAUACUGCUCAUUAAUUUCCCAUUCUU